AUAAAAUUAGGUUAAUUAAAAUGAAUUUGUUAAAUAUGUAGCAAGAACAAAUUGUAGGUUUAGAAAUCAAUUCAGAAAUAUAAAAACCAAUACCUAAGGUACCCUAAAGGAGUUAGCCUACAAUAAAUAUAGUCUAUAAGGAAUACCAAAAGGAAUAAAAUAGUCAAUCCACAUAAUUAUUACUCACUUAAAAUACAAUAGAAAAUUUAGAAAUAUCAAGUCUAAGUUUUUUGAAUAGCGAGGUAACCUCUAUAAAAGUUAAUUACCUGAACUUUGAUGAGUGUGAUGAAAAUAUUUAUGGAGAUUACAUUAAAAAACCAUAUACUAUGAUUUUAGUUAUUUCAGAACCAAAUAUUAAGGAGUUCAAAAAGAGCGGACUUUAAAGCAUGGAAAAAUUUGUGGAUACAUGUAGAAAAUUAAAUUUAAGCUUCUUGAUAGUGUAUUGCCCUAAUCUAGAUGCUUCAUAAAAAAAAUCUAGAGGAUUAGAGUCAAAGAUAUAAGAGGUGUUAAAUGAGAUAGUUAGUGAAGGCGAAAAUAAAUUGGAUAUAUAAAGAAAUAAAUUCCUUAAGCUUAUAGAUAUAGACCCUAAUACUAGCUCUAAUGAUUCUAAAGAAUUCUAUGAGUUUUGCAAGAGGGAAUUUUAGAUGCUACUAAGAAUGCAGAUAAAGGAAUCUGUUGAGGAAAGAAUUUCAGAAAUAGAAAAUAAUAUUUUUUCUUAUAAUGAGAAAAAGAAUUAACCUGAUUGGAACUAUUAGGUUUCGCUUAUCAAUAAAGAGAGAUUAAUUUAUCUUCUUAAUUCUUUGGGCUUGCAUUAAGAAGCUCUUUAACAGUAUGAGGAAUGCAAUAAUACAAUAUACGAGCUAAUUAUGAGAGGAAGACUAAACAUUAAAUAAUAGAUGGAAGGAAUAGAAAAGGAUAAAGUUAGCAUAAUACCUGUUCUGAAUGUUAAGCUUUAUGAUAAUUAUGAAGAGUUUACUAAGACGAUUUUACAAAAAGGAUUACACUUCUUUAAAUUCUACUAAAUUCUUAUUAGGAAAAUUAUUCUAUAAAUGACUUAAAUGCAAUUUAUUUAAGAAUUGAUGGAUAGAUUGUAGUAUUUUUUAAGAUUUAUUCAAUCGAAUAUAUUUAGCUAAAUGGACUGUGAGUCAGACAAUGUUCGUUUGUUUUAGAAUAUUUGGAUAAUCUUAACAAUUAACUAAAUUAUAGAAUUUUUUGUUGAGCAAAAGAAAAUAGUUCAUUAUUCUGUAUCUUAGUAAAACGACAUUGACUACAAUAUUAUUCUCUUAAGAGAAAUUCAGUUAAAGAGUAUGCAAAAAAUAGCUGAAUUAUUAUUUUCAAUCAAAAUAGAAGAACUUAGCAUAUAGUCUAUUGAGUAGGAAUUUGAGUAACUCAGUAUAUCCAUCAAAACCAAUAAGCUUAGAAAGUUGAAGUCUUUUAUAUAAGAAAAGGAUAUCUCAUAGCUUACAGUACUUUAAGAUUAAAGUGAGCAAGCAACUUUUAUCAAAACCUAUACUGAUUCGACUCUUUUCUUUAAUAGCUAUACAAACACUAUUUCUGAUUAAAUAGUUUCAUUGCAUAAAUUAAAAAUGUUUAAAAAGCAAUUUAUUUACUAGAUUAACUUGCUAAAAUUUAAAAUACUUGCAAAAGAAAUUAAAAUACCUUAUUAAGCUUUAGCAUUGGAAUGUGAGGAAGCAUACGAAACUUUAGAAUCUUGGCCUAAUUUACUUGUUUCAGGUUUAAUAUACAAAAUGCUUUUCUACAAAAAUCAUUGUGUUGUAGAGCAAUUUAGGAAAUGCUGUAUAAAGUUGGUGAAGAUUAAAGUAUUGACAUUAGAAUAGAGAAAUUUAAUAUUAAAUAUUUUGAGAGAAGAUAAUGAGAAAUUAGAUCAAAGCAAUGAAGAUAGCGAAGAGAUUUUAUUUAAUGACAAUAAUUAAACUUUAGAAAAAAAAUCUUCAUAAAUUUUAUCAAAAUAUUAUGCAGAUGAUAUGGUUGAAGAUUAAGUAAACACAGAAAAAGAAAUUUAAAAAAAAAGUAAAAAAAAAUAUAUAAAGAUAAGUGAAUCAUAACUUUGUUAUGUAGAAAAGUUGUAGCUAGAAAAAACUUAAGGAGAAAAUUAUGAGGCAAAACUCAAGUUUAGAAAAAAUUACCAGUUUAGCUUAAAUGAAACAACUAUAGAAAUUAAAUUAGAAUCUUCAGAUAUUAAUAGAACUAGUAGAUAUUCAUAAGAUGAGUAUGAUAAAUUAAGAAAUAAGAGUUUUUCAAAUACAUCAAACGAUGACUCACUUCCAAUAAUUUAACCUGUAUAGUAUCACGUACUUACCCUGGAAUUAAAUUAAUGUGACAUUGACGAAUAAGAAAACUAGCUAAUAAUCAAAGAAAUAGAAAUAAAAUCUAAAGGUUGCUAUAAUCUAAAAUCUGUUUCUAUUAUAGUAGGAUAAUAUAAAUUUAAAUUAGACAUUUCUUAAAGUUCGAAGCUAUUCACUUUUAAAAUUAACCUUCCUUCAUUAAAUAUUUGCUCUUUACUUGACUAAAGUGCUAUAGAAAUACCAUAUUAUCAUGAGAUUCCAGUUAUGGUUACUAUAAUUGAUCAUAAUUUUUCUAAUACCACACAUUUGAAAUUUAUCUACAACCAUGAGAUCCUAAAAUUAGAAAAAAAAUAUAUUUGCCUAACACAAGGUGCUGAUAAGUCUCAAUAUAUUGAAAAUAGAAAUGAAAUAGUGCAUAAAGAUAUAAUUUAACUCACUAAAAAAGAAAACAAUGUCAAUAAAAUGGCUAUAAUUGUUUACUUCAAAGCAACAAGUAAGAACCUAUAGAAAAUAGAUUAUGGUACAUUUACAAAUCUUACCAUCAAGUUAAUAGAAGACACCACUGUGUUGGACCAGUUUGAAAAGUAGGCUAUUACUAUCACUUAUUAUAAACAAGAUAUAAAAAAACUUGAUAUUUAUUAUAAUAUCAACAUUACAAAUUAUUCUGAUUACAAAAUCUUAUUUUCUAGCCAAAAUUAAUCUGAAAUUUUGAAUUUGCAUUAAAACGAAUUAGAGUUAUAAAAAAAUGAACAAAUAUCUAAAACAAUAAAUCCAUAAACAGAAAAAGUAUUUGUGACAUUUAAAUUAGAAUCUAAAAACCUUCAAGAGCUAGGAGAAUAAAUCUUUAUAGAUGAUUUAUCAUUUUUAAAGAACCUCAAAAUUGAAGAAUAUUUCUUAGAAAAAGAGAUAAGCAAAAACACUAUCUUAAAAGAUUCUACCCUGAUAAAAAACCCAAAAUUAGAUAUUUUUAUCAAUAAUGUUAAUUCUCAUUGUUUCUGCAAUGAAAUAUUAAAUUUAGAAAUAAAUGUAAAAAUUUUAAGAUAAAACUAAAAUAAACAGAAUAACAUUUAAGAAGAUAAAUAUUUCUACACUUUACUUGCAUAAAAUAAAAGAGAUGGAAAUUAUCUUCUUCUUGGCUAAACUUAAAUCAGUACAUAAAAUAAAAAAGAUGAUCUUGAGUGGAAAUUAUAAAUAUUACCAAUAAAAUGUGGUGUUUUUUAUUUACCAGAUUUUGAAGUAGUCUAAUAUAGCAUUGAUGAAAACCAGUAGCUUUGUUAAGAAAAAAUACAAAACAAUUAAUACAUUCUAAGAUACUAUUCUGAACCAAUAAUUUCAGUCACAUCGGAUUCUAGCAAAAUAAAAAAUUCAUCAGCAUUUUUUAUUUGAUUUUUCUUCAUAUUAAAAAAUAUUUUUAUUUUCUAUUUAAUAAACUGUUACUUAUUUAAAGGCAUGUAAAUAUU